AUGAAUAGAAUCCCCCAGGAUGUAUUUUCAUCAUCAGACGAUGAAGGACCAUCAUCGUCAAUUGUUCAGCCUGAUAUGCAAGAUUUUGGCCAGAAAUUUACGAACAAUCAAACCGCUUCUUUUCUACAGGAAGCCAAAGAUAAUACAAUGGGUGAUGACGAGUCCAACAAUAUUCGAAUUUUAAUCGCUUCUGAUAUUCACGUUGGAUAUGGUGAAAAGAAAAAAGUGAUUGAUCAAGACGCCUCAAGAACUCUAGAAGAGGUUCUACAAAUUGCAAACGAGCGCAAAGUUGACAUGAUAUUGUUAGGGGGUGAUCUUUUUCAUGAAAGCAAUCCAACACGAACGUGCGUAAACAAGGUUAUUUCAUUACUUCGCAAAUAUUGUAUGAAUGACAAUGAAGUAUUUUUGCAAUUUAUCUCGGAUCCAACCAUAAACUUUUGUCAAAGCCAAUUCGAUCGAGUGAAUUAUGAAGAUGAGAAUCUUAAUGUUGGUUUGCCAGUUUUCACGAUCCAUGGAAAUCAUGACGAUAUGACCGGAAAAGGUUUAACGGCUCUUGAUCCUUUACACGAAGCGGGUCUUUUAAAUUUGUUUGGAAAGUUUACUGAAACGGACAACUAUGUGGUAUCUCCAAUAUUACUUCGAAAAGGCACAACUUCGCUAGCGUUGUAUGGGAUUGGUUCUCAAAGAGACGACAGACUUACUCGAGCAUUUCAAGCCGGCACAAUUCAAUUUCCUCGGCCACGUGAAGAUACUGAAUCUUGGUUCAACCUUUUAGUUCUACACCAGAAUCGUCCAAAGCGCUCGACCUUACGUACUACCGGGGCUUACCUCCCAGAUUCAUAUCUUCCUUCGUUUUUUGAUUUUGUUCUUUGGGGGCAUGAACAUGAAUGCAAAAAAGAUUUGGAGUAUGUGGCGCCUAGUUCAAACCUAGCCGGUGAUGGAUUUUUCAUUCUUCAACCUGGAAGCACUGUUGCAACAUCACUCACAAAAGAUGAAGCUCUUGCUAAGCAUGUAUUUUUGCUUACUGUACGAGACCGAAGUUUCAAAUCUGAGCCCAUUCAAUUGGAAACGGUUAGGCAAAUGGUGGUCGAUGAGUUAACGUUGGAUAAAUUACCACGUGGUGUCAAAAUUCCAGCUGGUGGUCUACGACCCAAUGAUGCUAACAAGCCGUUUCAUGAUGAACUUAUCAUCACAAAUAAAAUCAAGAUGAUGAUUGAAAAAGCAAUUAGAGAACGACGUCCACGCCAGCCACAGUUACCUUUGUUGCGGUUAAAAGUAACCUACCAAGACGAGUGGGCACAACUUUUACCAUUGAACGCACGACGAGUGGGUAUGUCGUUUGUGGAUUUAGUAGCCAACCCCGCAGAGAUGUUAACGAUACGAAGAAUUAAAACGCUUAAAGAGAAGAAGCCAGAGAAAGAGGGAGCUGUACUUGCAGCGUCAGAAAGAUUGACCUCUGUUGAAAAUAUGGUCUCUGAAGCUUAUAAAGGUGAACCUUUGGAGGACAGACUCACUGUUUUAACCGAUGCAUUUAUGGCUGAAACUUUAAAAUUGUGUACAGAAGGGGAAGACGAUUCGGCUCAGAGCACUAAGCAUAUUAAUACUCAACUUGAAGAGUCAAUCGCCAAGCAAAUAUCGACGUUGACUGACACUGUAAACCGCCAAGCAUCUCAGAGGUUAGAGCAAAUUAAGCAACAUAAAACGAUUAGAAUCGAUUCAAACUUGAUUGAACGAGAAAUUCGGAGCACUUUGCAGCACAUCAAGGCCAAAAACUACGAGAAAGAUUAUGUGGACAAUAUAAGUGAUACUAAUAGGGAAAAUUUCUCUCAAGAGGAUGACUCAAUGAUGGAAACGUCAGAUAGCAGCUGUGAU